AUGAGCAAGCCAAUCAAUGUGUAUGCUGUACCUGAGGUGCGUAAGGCCCUCGAUGAAGCGCUGCCUGAAAUAUUCUCGAGACUAGGUUACACGCAGACGUUUAAACUAAUAGACACGAAAUUGAUCCUAGGUUAUUCUCUAGUGGUCUUUGCAGCUGCAAGUUUCCUUCUCGAUAAGAAACUUCCAUGGGAACAGUCUAAACCAUAUCAACAGGUCUUAGUUGCUUUGUAUAUGAUCCUGUCUGCUGUGCAGUUGUGGUUUAAUAAAUUCGUGGAAAAGGGCACAGUAUAUCAAGGUGUUAAGAAAAACGAUACAGUCAGUGUUGGCGCAAAGUAUAAGAAACACUCACAUGAGUUUCAUGUAUCAAUUACGAAUCGCAAAGGUCGCAGUUUAGAGCUAGACACCACAUUCACUAAAUUCUUUAAUGAACAAGGCUAUAUGCAAUCGGAUAUACUAUUCAAUUGGUUUAAAGAACAACUGGAAGCUCUGGGUUCAAAGAAAACGGAAUAA